AGGGCCCUUCAGCCAAUGACCCGCUUAGGCACACAUUUUUAGCACAUACCAAAAUGGGAGUGAAAACCCUCCAACCAACGCUUCAAGUUUUCUCUACCUUACCACCACCCUCCUCUUCUUCUUCUUCUUCAUCUCCUACCUUAAGCUCCAUCAUGAAGAUCAAAACCCUAAUCCACACCAUCAUUUUCUCGCACGUGUGCCGCGCAAUUCGGUACCUCAACAAGGCCAAAUCCAAAGCAGCAUCCAUUUUUAUCCAGAUUCUCAGAGAGAGCCAACCCAUGCAACUUAUCUACCCUACUAAAAAAACCAAGAUCAAGAAAAAGACGAAGAAGAUCUUCUUUGGAUCAUUUCGACUGCACUACAAUUGGUGCUCUUCCACGCACGUGUUGCCUGUGCCGGCACGUGUCUACGAAGGAUUAACAGCAAGCACCCAUUUGUACUAUGAUUCAACAUGGAAUUCAGUGAUUUCCACUGAUGCUCAGCAAUGUGAGGAAAAUCAUGGGCCUGAGUCACAGCUCUCCGGGUACCUCCAAUGGCUUGAGGAGGAGAAGCUCCGUGGUAAGAACAAUUCUAUGGCUGAUGAGAUAGAUGUGAAUGAGAUUGAUAAGCUAGCAGAUUUGUUCAUUGCUCAAAGCCAUGAGAAGUUCAUAUUGGAGAAGCAGGAAUCUUACAGAAGAUUCCAAGAAAUGAAUGCCAGAAGCAUGUGAGAUAGUUUAUUAGCUGUGUGGGAAUUUCUUUUUACCUUUCUCAUUCUUCUAUGUAACAUCUUUGGAGUGAGGAAAGUGUCGUGAUUGGGCUGGAUUGGGUUUUUUUUUUUUUUCCCUUCUUCUUCUUCUUCUUUUUUCCUUUUCAAAUUUAGUUACUUGAUUAGCUUAUGUCUUUUCCAAAUGGUGGGGUUGAAUUGGAGAAUUGUACAUGAUGGGUUGCGGGCGGUGUUUGUGCAAUUCUUAUCUUGGAAUGGUGAUGAAUGGUGGUUGUUUUUGGAAGGAGAAUGGUGGUUGUUAAUUAAUUGCUACAUAAUUUUGCAAGGUUAAACUCUUA